AAUCCCAAAAACUUUUUCCAACACAAAAGUGCUGCGGUCCUUUUUUUCCACUUCGGCUUUUGUUAUGUGACCACAAGUGGGAAAACAAGUGCGUCGCUUUGCUGUGCGUGUCGGUGAUGAAGUGAAUGUUAGUCACCGCUCGGGAGAAGGAAACUUGCGUGAGGAAAAAAAACCUUCAGGAAUGAUGCCUGUGAGACUGCAUCCCUCCCUCCAAAGUUCAGCUAAGGUGGCUAACGUUAGCUAGCGCAGAGGGAGAGAGAGAGAGAGAGAGCCUGCUGGCUGAUGUGAAAGUUUGGAUAAACUUUUUGUUUACUUGUUAAUACAAGCAGUGACAAACUACCUGACUCGUUGAGCAGGCCGUGAGGAUACAUAACAUCACGGACAACCGAAAACUCUCAUCCUUUGCUUGUUAUCGUCAUCAGACCAGGUUACAGUAUCAAGUUUUUUUUUUUUUUUUAGCAAAGAGGAGCUAGCUGACGUACUGCUAGCCUCUUGAAGUCAACCAGAGACAGUAGUAAUACACUCUCAGUGAAUAAUGACAUGACAACAACUCAAUAAUGGAGAGACUGCUGUAGCGUUACUGCAAAGUGGACACAGCUAUUCAUAUACAAACUGAUAAGUGUUCAUUGUUGUGGGAUGGCUAUUGAGGUAAAUAAAUGAGAAUGGGACAAUCGUGACCAUCAAAAGUGAUAUCUGAGUCGGAUGUACUUACUGGUGUGAUUGUCAUUACCUUAUCACCUCGGCUGUAAAAGUCUGUUGUAAUGGCAUGGUCAGACAGUCAACACAUUUGGCACUUUAAGUAAGGAGCUCUGUUGACUCUGGACCACUUUGUCAAGCUGUGUGACUUACAAAAAAAAAAAGAAGGUAUUUUCGUGAUAUAAGCCUUUGAAACCAAGCCACUCACUAUCAGCCUUGGAGUCAUCCUGCGUUAUUUACUCCACUGUUCACAACAUACAUCUUGGAUGAAGAGGACAGUGCCAUCAUGAAGGUUACCGUGACAUUUGGGCAAACAGGUGUGGUGGUGCCCUGCAAGGAGGGCUGGACUGUGAGGGAUCUCAUCCAGCAAGCAACGCAGAGAUACAGAAAACUCCUGGAACAGGAAGGAGAUUUCCUGGUUCGGACUCACCACGUUGAAUACUGUGAUGGGGGGAUUCUAGACCCUGAUGAUAUACUGAGUGACCUGGUGGAAGACAAGGACAAGCUGAUGGCGGUGUAUGAGGAGCAGGAAGCCCAGCAGAGGGGUGUGGCUAACACAAAUCUCACCCCCAGCCCUGACCUCUACCAACCAGAGCUCUCUGUCUUCCAGCCAAUCGCAGGAGGAGAGAUUGAAGUCAACUCCUCCGCCCUCAAGUCCAACACCCCUCUGUUGGUGAGGAGCAGCAGUGAGUCAGCCCUCGGCCCUCAGCCCGCAGAGACCGAAUCCUCCCUGAAUGAGGACACUGGUGCGAUGGCAGCCGGUCCUGCUGGGGAGAGACCAGCAGGGGUAGAGCGACCCCAGGGCAAACAUGCCUUCAGUGACAGCUUGACCAGAACAGUUGAGAUCUUGGGAGAGGACAGUCCCCUGGGAAUCCAUGUGGUUCCCUACAGCUCAUCGCUCAGUGGUCGGUCUCUCGGUCUGUACAUCCGUGGUGUGGAGGAGGAGAGUCGCUCGAGAAAGGAGGGCUUGUUUCAAGAGGAGGAGUGCAUCGUGAAGAUCAACAACACCGACCUCAUGGACAAGACUUUCAGCCAGGCCCAGGAAGUGUUCCGUCAGGCAAUGCGUUCCACAGUCGUCCGUUUGGAAGUAGUUCCCUCCUCUAACAGAGAACGCUAUGAGAAGAGUCUGAUUGGUCAGCUGUUUGGCAACGGUGCCGGUCCUGACAGCAGCCCCCGAGUCACCAAGACCAAAGAGCCACCCCCACCUGUCAAGGCCAAACCCAUCUUUAAGCCCCCUGAGAAUCCAUCCACGCGAUUGGUUGAUGAAGCUGCCUUAGUGGAAGCUAAUACACCAAAAGGGAGGAGUGACAGCCCUCUCUUUAAGAAGAGUCCCACCCUCUCCAACUUAGUGACCAACAAGAGAGGAGGACGCAGACUGAGGAUUGAUCUAAAGAAAGGUUCAGAAGGUCUUGGCUUCACCGUGGUCACCAGGGAUUCUUCAGUUCAUGGUCCUGGUCCCAUUCUAGUUAAAAACAUUCUGCCACGCGGAGCCGCUGUCAAAGAUGGACGCCUGCAGUCUGGAGACCGCAUACUGGAGGUCAACGGUGUGGACAUCGGAGGUGUGGGACAGGAGGAGCUGGUGUGUAUGCUACGCAGCACGCGUCAGGGAGAGAGUGUGUGUCUUGUGGUUCUACGGCAGGAAGAGAUGUUCCUGCCGCGAGAGAUGAGGGACGAGGUGUCCCGCGUGCCAGGCUUUGUGUCGGAGAACGGGAAGGAGCAGCUAACGUUCGAGGUGCCCCUUAACGACAGCGGCUCGGCGGGGCUCGGCAUCAGCCUCAAAGGAAACAAGUCGAGGGAGACGGGAGAGGACCUGGGAAUCUUCAUCAAAUCCAUUAUACAUGGAGGCGCUGCAUACAAGGAUGGGCGUCUGUGUGUCAACGACCAGCUGGUUGCAGUCAACGGAGAAUCUCUGCUUGGACGCUCCAACCACGUUGCCAUGGAGACGCUUCGUCGCUCUAUGUCACAGGAGGGAAACGUGAGGGGGACGAUCCAACUUGUGGUGCUAAGGACUCUGAAGGAUCAACAUGGAGUGUCACCCAAUCGCUCAUUUGACAGCUCCUCUGGCCUGUCAGGACUACUGAGCCCAGUGAACGGUCAGACCAACGGCCAUAUGAACCCUCCCAUUCUGGACGGCACUCUAUAUUCAUCCAACAUGACCAAUGGAAGUUAUUCUCACAUGGACGAAGAUGAAGACGGGGAGCUGUAUGGACAUGAGACAGAGUUCAGCUGCUCGACUCAGCACUCCUAUCUACAGGAAAGGGAAAACUGUCACAACUCUUGCAAAGCUCAGCCCCAGACUCCCGCCCAGAGCCAAGACCAGAACCAGAACCAGCGGCAGUUCCAGCACGUCAAAGCCUCAAAGAGCAUGGACCUGGGUAUGACUCAGAACCAGCAGCACACUGUCGCAGAUGAAAGCAACGUUGGAGCUUUGGUUGGAAGCCCUGCAGCUCCAUCAACGCCCGUAGAACUCGGACCUACCCUGGGCUUGAAGAAGUCUAGUUCUUUGGAGAGUCUCCAGACGGCCAUGUCGGAGGUGAACAGAAAGAACGAUUUCCUCCCCUUUCACCGGCCUCGCCAAAACAUGGUCAGGGGAAGAGGCUGCAACGAGAGCUUCAGAGCAGCUAUUGAUAAAUCUUAUGACGGGCCAGCUGAAGAUGACGAUGAUGAUGAUUCUGAGCAAAGUUCAGGCCGUGACACCCCUGCGAGUGGUUCGUCCCGCCAGGGAGCAGGAGAUCGGAUCGAAGAGAAAGGCAAAAAGGACAAGAAGAAGAAAGCGAAAACAAAGAAGAAGGAGAAGAAUAAAGGAAAAGCGAAAGAGAAAGAGAAAGAAAAAAAGAAAGCAGUGGAGCCUGAGGAGAUGGAGAAGAAGAGCAAGAAAAUAGGCUUCGGCCUGCUGAGAUUUGGGAAGAAAAAAGACGAGAAGAAGGAGGCCAAAGCAGCUCUGCAGCGACAGAAGUCUGACAUCUUGAGUGAUCACGAGUUUGAACGGAUGAAGGAGGAGAGGGAAAGAAUUGAGGCUGCUCAUCCUGAGCUGCGAGAGAACCGGUCAAAAGACCAGCAAGGUGGUGGAGUUGGAAUGCCAUUUCCAGACGUUGAGGAUGACGACACAGACCCGAACUAUGCCAGAAUACAAACUUUCAGGGAUCGUGAUCCCGGCUCGAUACCACAUCCACUGCCUAAGUCUCCCCCCUAUGGUACAAUACAACACACUUAUGCCCGCACCCCUUCCCCACAAGGCCCUUCUGCCUUUCCAGGAAAUCCUGGAAACAGCCCAGGAGCCAUCCCUGAUGAUGACCACAUUGAUAGGCUGUAUGCUAAGGUUAAUAAACCAAGGGCGGGACCUGGAACUGCAUCUCCUCCUCUUCCUGCAAUGGCCAAUGAAAGUGUGGACAGGAUCCAGCAGCUAAGGAGAGAAUACCAGCAGGCAAGGAGAGAGGGAAUUGUGCCACCUUAUGAAGAACUGGACCCACGACGCAGAGGACAUGAAAAUGACGCACACAGGAUGCCAGGCAGAGGUCCAGAUCCCCGGUUGGCACCGCGUUAUGAAGAGGUUGAACGUCAGUAUGCUUCCUUACCAAGGCGAGGUCCAUUGGAUCCAGCUGACCACCCCAUGCAGCCCUGGUCGGGUCAUUACUCUCCACCUCCCCAGACCCAACAAGCAUACCCCCAGUCCCCAUCCUACCACAACCCCAACUCUGCACCACCUUAUUCGGGCUACCCACCUGGCCAGCCAUAUGCACGGCCAGUGGACCCUCGGGGCAUGGACCCUGGGUACUACCCUCACCCAAGCUCCCAGCAGAGAGGCCCCUUACGGCAGGAUGUGCCCCCCUCUCCCAUCCCCCCUCUUCGUGGUCCACGGUACGACACUAUGACAAGAGGAUCAGGGGGAGGAGUCUACAGGUAGGGGAUUUGUGGAAGAACAUGAUUCCAGGCACAUGGUGAAUCCUAGUCCAGACCAAUAUGGCUACACUGGGGAGGGAGGAAGACAGCAACCGCAACACCAAACCAACCAGAGACAGAAGAAUGCCAUGACUGCAGCCGUGUAGACUGAUCAGUUCCAGAGAUGAAAAUGAGCAGAAUGCUUACUGCUUUGUGUUGUUUUCGCUGAUGCUGAUGCUUCUGGUACUGAAAAUGAAACAGAACUGACACCUCUAAAUGGUGUUAUUUGAAUCACCAUCAUUAUCAAACAUUGUCUGAGCUGUUUGAAGUAUAUGGUAAUACACAGACCAGCAAGGUAAAGGAGGUUAAUUAUAGAGUGGCCAGUGUGUGCAUGGUAUCUUGUUCUUUGAAGUCAUUUAAAUUGCUUUGAAUCUUCAGAGAGUACAAAUUGGCAGGGGUUUUACAAUUGACUAUGCUCUGCGCUACAAAGGUUUUGGAUCCAUUUAAAUGAAGGCAAUAAAGAAAUACAAGCAGCUCUACUCAUAUUAAAUUAGGUACUUUCAUUUCUACUGCUGCAUGAGCAAGACAAAUGAAUAUUUGAAAAAUAAUAUGUAACAUGUUUUGUUGCCCUGUGGCCAUACUGUACGUGGCCAAUAACAGAGAUCAGUGACACACUAAAGGGUCAGUAUUUUGGUUGGUUAAUCCCAGAUUUUAAAUGUAUGUUUACAUGAAAGCGUUUGGCAGGGUUUCAGCCACCUCUCAAAGUUGAGUUGAGAGAAGUGAAAAUGUUCCUGUGUUCUAAACCUGUGUGGAAAGCAAGAAGUCUUUCUUAACUUUGUAAGUAACCACUACUUAAAACAAAUUCUACAUUUGUAUAUUGAUCCAUCCCAGAUUCAUAAAAAAAACUCUAAAAAGCGUUUACAUUUCAGCCACGGAUAUGUUUUUAUCUAAAGUAAAGAAUUUGUCUGAAUUCCCCAAGCAGGGAAAACUCCCCUUUGUAAAAUAACGUGUUUUAUACUGGUGACUAUUCUGACGUUUAAAUGACAGUAUAUUUUUUAUCAAUGAUUUUUAGAAAGUUUAACAUGUCACACCAGGGCUCAGUCCCAAUAUACCCCUUGUCCCUAUCACUUAGCCCUACCCCUACAUUUUGAGCGUUCACGUCUAGGGGUAGGGCAUCCUGAUUCUUGUUGGACUGGAGGGGUAGGCUGAAGUCUUUAGUCUACAUGGCCCUUUAUACAGAGAUUCUUUAGAGGCACACUCCAGACCGGGUGUCAUGAGAAAUUUCCCAGAAUGCCUAUCCUUUACAUCGCCGCGUCUGUAACUACCGUCAAUGUCUACUGAUGACGUAUCAGGGUCUUAAAGGGUCGUCCCAUUAAGUAAGGGGAGUUUUCAACACUACCCCUUAUAACUCUGUUCAGAGGCGGAAACGGACACACUAGGUUGAGCCGUAUACUUUUCCUCUACUAAAAGUAUAAUCUAGUAACUCUUCAUAACAACCUCGAUGCAUGUGAAAAUUGUUCUUUACCUAACAAAGAGCAAUGUAUCAUUGUGCGAUGUGAGAAAUGAGAAAUGAGCAAAAAAGCCAAUAAUGUUGGUAAAGUUGAUUACUACACAUCAUUUAUAACCACUUUCCACUUAGAUGGACCACUGUGUUGUGUAUUAGUCCUGUACCAUUUUUACACUAGAGCAGAGUAGUUCCUGACCAUAAAAACAUUACUGUUUAAACAAAAGACAAAAAAGCCUCUCUUCUUUUGGCAGAUGUCCAGUUUCAAACUCAUUUUCACUCUGUAAAACCUUUCAGCCUCUUUCUUUGUGAUGUCUGUGUAUGCCAUGUACUGUAGUUGGAUGUAAUGGAUGAUCACUGCACAUAUCUGUGACCUGGUGGUGUAGGCGUCACUGUGUGCUAAAGUGGACACAAGUCCUGUUGAAACAUGGAUUGAGCCUCUGAGUGCUCUUUUUAAUGCUGCACCAAUGGUUGAUAUCCAUUUAGCCACUUACUGAACCAUCAAUUAAGUGUAACUAAAGAGUCAGAGCCUAGCUUAAUAGUUAUAUGUUUUAUCCCACAAAGCUCAGCAGUAUUCAUUUCAAUGGAGAUUAAACACUAAAAAUGACAUUUCAGGAUUAGGUGAAAUGCUUCUCUGUUAAUGUGACUGAGGAUGAAAUCCCACUGAAGUGAAUGUUGAGUGUCUUUUGACUGAAACCAAUGCAAAGAAUGUGAAGUAGAUUUCAUUUCAAAACCAUCUCAGUAGUAUGUUUGAUGGAUUUCGAUCGUGAUGAAAGAGGGAAGUCGCAAGUUGGAUGAGAUGAGUUAAAAAAUAGAGACGAAAAACAGUGAAAGGACGGAAGAAAGGACCGGAAAUGGGGGUUUGGUAGUGAAGCAAGGAAGGGGGAAAUAAACUUUAGUAUGUAGGGAAGGAUGAAGUGUAUCGCUAAAAAGAGAUUAAAGAAACAAACAUUAGGCUGAAAUAAUAGAAGGGUGGAGGAAGGUGGGAGAAUUGGUAUGAUCAGAUGCAGUGCAAUGACCCAAAAGCCUUUGUGGUUUGAGUCGGAGAGUUUUCAAACAAGAGCAGAACAAAGAAGAAGGAUAAAAGUUCAUAACAAUCUGGGCGUCAGUUGAAAUUCAGUAGGAGGAGGGUCACUGGAGUGGGCUUGUAUUGAUUGAAUGCUGUGACUGUGGGAAUUACUAACAAAUACUUUCUUGUGCUGUUAUGAAUUUAAAGAACCAGUUUGAAAAAUGAGACUUUCAAAUAAUACUGUCAAAGUGUAAUGAAUGUACCAAAAUAUGCCAUAUUUUAUGGAGGUUGGCUUGGUGGUCAACUCACAGAGAGCUAAUGUCAAAACAAUCCAAAUGCUUUAUGAGCUCAUUCUCUCCAAGUUAUUAUUCAGUGCGUUUACAUGCCGUUAGAAAAAGUCAAUUUAUUGUGUGUGGUCUGACUUAAACUGGAUUUUUAAAAUAAGCGUAAACAUGUUAGUCCGACUGAAAUGGUACUCAAUUGAAUUUCUAGAAGUUGGACUAAAACACCUAGAAAAUGAAUGAAUAAUGAAGCUGUAGGUUGAAUAAAUGUUGCGUAUAAACACCUCAAUCAGACCCAAACUGGACUAGGUGUUCUGCACAUGCUCCACAGUCCCCACACCGGACUUUUACCCCGGAAGUCAAAUUUAAUAAGUGUGUAACAUGGCAUCACAUAUCACCGUAAGCUAGAAGGAUAGCGUCCAUGGCAUUAGAAUCAAAAGUAAAGCACAGAGUAUGUACGAAAUGUACAGAGCUGUAAAAAUGUUUUCAUUUUCACCGGUCAACAUACAACCACCACUUUGCCGUUUGCUAACUUGCUAACUCAUUAACAAGGUCAACCGGAAGCAGGUCCAAUAGUAAGGAGCUAAUAGGGGCAAUAUAUCGCCACCUUCCGUAUCAGAGUUGCACAUUUUUCACUCAGUAAAUCGAAUCUCCCUCUGUGCAUGUAUACUGGGACAGUAUUCCAAUUCAAUGGCCUAAUGGAGCUUAGCUGAGCCUAGCUCUGCUUAACUGUGCAUGUGAACGUACUUAUUGGCUAGUACAGAAGCACCAACAGUAGAGGAGUAAUGUUCCUAGCCUUACUCUAGAUGUGAAACAUUUCAAUCGUUUAAAAUGAAGUUGUUGUUUUGAAUGUACUGGAGAACAGUUAAAGUUAUAUACAAUCUGAUCAGAAAAUAGCAGAUUGGGUAUACUUGUAUUCUGAAUCUGUAGCCAGUAUACCAAACCAGUGUUUGCUGUGCAGAACCAAAAGGUCAGUUUAGAUUAAUUCAAUCCAUUAAAGGGUUAGCAUGAAGAAAAGAAGAAAAUCAUCAACUGGUGUCUCCUUGACUAAUUAGGCGUCAUUGUGAAAUCAAGAAUGUAUUGCACGUCUUUAGGAGUGAACGAUCACAAUGCAAACAUCACAGCUCUCUUAUAACUGUGUGUAUCUGAAUGCUGGGUCGGUGCCUGGUGGAGCUUUGCUUUGAGCGGCAGUGUUUUGAGAUGUGAACAUUACAUGAAGCUGUAUUAUUUUUACUCCUGUUAUGUUAGCACACGAUUUGCAUGUAUGUUAAUCCUCACAAGCAUUUUUUUUAUAUCUAUAUAUUUCUUUUUAAUGAUAGUCUGUGUUGUUAGUUUGGCUAAACAGAGCGUCAGAGUGUUUGACCAUUGUUACCCUGCAGUUACGCAAAAUCACACACUGCAUUUGUAUUUCCUCUAAAGAAGUUCAUGUUUUAUAUAAACAUCUUCAUUGAAAUCAUUUACUAAAAGUGAAUACACAUUGGUUUGCAUAGCAUGGUUAACAAAUCAGACACUCUGUCAUGAUGGCUCUUUGGUUUUUGUCAGUAUGGUUCGACUUGCACAAGCUGAAGGUACUAUCCAGAGUCCUGGAUAUGAAGACAUUUGGUACUCCUGGUUCCUCCUUUGAAGAAACCAGUUAAUGAAGGAACCAACUAAACAACCUCUCUGUCGUAGAAGUCUUAACAUUUACUUUUAGACUGCUUGUAACCAAAAAUCCAUGAAAAUAAAAAAAACUCUUAUUUUGUAAUGAAGCAAUAACAAUGAUUUGUAUGACUGUUUUCCUACAUUUUAUAUUUAUAUAUAGAACAACUCUUUUGCAUUAAAAGAUUCAUUUGAAAACAG